GUCGCAGUCAUCCCUCUCCAUGGACAUGUCCAGAUGAUCUACACAGUCCCCUCUCCCUCCCUCCCUCCCAAGAAGCCAGACAGCAUCCGCUCACACACACGUGUAUCCCUCUCAUGUGCACAACGAAAAAACAAAAAGUCAGUCGAGUCGUCAGCCAUCCGUCCGUCCAUCUGGGGAGGGACAUGUAAGUAUCUAACGGGGAAAACAACAAAAGGCGGUCCAGUCGGUCGAGUCGGUCGACAAUCGUUACGGUAGAUGGAUGGUAGUAUGGUAGUGUACAAAUCAAAUGGACGAGUGAGUGUGUCUCAUAUCGUUGAGUAUCGUAUCGUUGUGUGUUGUCUUGUCCGUCCGCCGGUGUGUUCAGCCCAUCUCCAUGGGGUCGUCCCGGGGAGGAGGAGGCUGCACCUGCACCUGCACAACACACACACACAUCCAUCCAUCCACACACACAGAGUGUGUCGAGAGUGUGGCGCGACUGACCUGAGGCAGCGGUGCACGAGGCAGAGGCAUCACAGUGGUCAUCCUGCAGACGUUCGGAGCAUCACUCACGCGAAUGAACCUGACAGCCAGCCAACACACACAGACCAUGGUCACAUGCAUCUCUCUCUCUCCCUCUCUCUUUGGGUGUGCAAACAAACGCAGCUUACAAGGCGAAGCGCUCCCAGGGCCUCGCCAUGCGCACAGCCUCCCUGCCGAUCGCGUCAGCCUGCUCCUGCAUCGUGGGGGGCCUCGGGGGCUCCGCCGGCUCGUCCAGCUCAUCGACGAUGCCCCUCCUGCCGCCAUUCUUGCCCUUCCUCCCUCUGGCCUUGGCCUUGGCCUUGGGUUUGGGGGGCUUCCCGCCACCACCACCCUUUGCCUUGGCCCGUGUGCGCUUGGCGAUGCCCCCGACCUCACUCACAGACGAGAGACUCUUCGCCGCCUCCGGUCGACGCUUCCCGCCGAGCUGCACCUGCCAGUAGCUCCCGUCCAAACCCCGACAACCAACAACACCAACAGCGCCACCACCAGCGCGACCCUUGAGAGCAACACCUGAUGCGGCCGCGGCAGCAGCUGGCUGCAUGUCGACCUCCAUCGGCUCGUCCCUCUUGGCACCAGCACCAGCACCAGCAGCAGCUGCAGCUGCAGCAGCAGCAGGGGGCUGGCCCACUGCCAUGGUCAGUGACGGUUUGGACGGGUGGAGGGCAUAGAAUUUCUUGUGCUGCUGCGGCGGUGCGCCGAGCAGAGGUCCGAAUGGCAUGGGGCGGAGAGGGGCCAGCGGCGGGGGAGGGGGAGGGGGAGGAGGGAAUGGCUGGAGGGGAGGGAGGGGAGGGAAGGGGAAGCCUCCACGCAACAUAGGCGGCUUGCCGCCGACGGCCGGGCCGGGGUAGAGGGGCGGGUAGACGGGGGGCGACACCUCAAACACCUGAACCAACGAACGAACAAGUGCAAGAUGGGCAAUGUGCAUCAGCUCACUCGAUCACUCUGUGCGUGUGUGCGUGCGUACCUUGGGUGGUGUCUUCGGCUUGUUCUCAGACAUAUCCUCAAGCACCAUGCGAUUGCCACCCUGACUCCCGCCAUUCACACCCCCAUCACAACCACCACCGCCACCAGCGGCAGCGGCAGCAGCACCGGGACUGCCCUCCGUCUUGCCCACGCCGUCGCCAACGCCGUUCUGCACCACGCUCUCAGUGUGUUUGUUCUGCAUGGUGAGGUUCAUCGCGGCCUCGCGCACCCUCUCGGCCUUGACCACGAGUGGGGAAAUGGGCCGGGGCGGGUUGGCAGCAUAGGCAGCGAAGGGCUCGUCAACAUCGACAGUGGGCUGAAGACAGACACACAACGACAUGGAUGAUGGGAGGAAUGGAUGGGUGUUUAAUUGGUCUGGCGGCCGUCCUCCCUCCUGUCCACCCCACCUGCUUGCGCGUUUUGACCUUCUUGCGCUUGUUUUCCUCCUCCGGAUCCCACAGUGCGUCGUUGGGAUCGGCAGCAAAGGAAUCCUCGGCCAGUGCGCGAGCAGCGGCCUGCACCAACGACAAGCAAGCCAGACGAUCGCCGGUGCGGCGCCAUGUGUGUCUUCCCACCAACCCACCUACCUCGCGGCGUGUGUUGAUUUUCUUCUUGCGCUUGCCCUUGCCCUUGCCCUCCUCGGCCAACUCGUGGUGCACCAGGUCGACGUCAACAGCCCCAACGCCCUUGCCCAUGCCGUCUCCCUCCUCUAUAUCACUGUCGUCAUCAGCCAACUCGCGCAGCCGCUGCCCACGCUUGUCCUUACGCAAACCAGCCCGACCCACGAAGCCGCGAGCAUCGAUGCCACCAGCGGCGGCGGCUGCUGCCGCGGCACCCUCAGUACCCUCACUUCCCUCCUCCUCCUUGUGCACGCUCGACUCCUGACUCGACGCGUCGCCACCCGCUGCCUGGUCCUGGUCCUUGGCCGCCGUGCGGCCGUCCCUCUUGCUGCCCGGGGGGGUGGUCGGCUCCCGCUUGGGCGUCACCGCCUUGCGGCCUUUCUUCUUCUGCACGGGUGGGGGGGUCUUGGACUCUUCCUCGGCAUCCAGCUCCUCCAGGUCCUUCCUCAGACCGUUGCGACGCACCGUCGGGGAGCUGGCGGCCGCACAGAGGGUCUGGCGAGUUCGUUUAGAGCGCAGGAUGGGGCCGUGCGGUCCUUUCGGCUCACGGAGGGGGUCCAUGCCGCCCCUGGGCGCCGACUGACGUGGAAUACGCUACCUGGAGCAGGAGGGAGACGCAGCAACUGAUGAAACGGGCCAGAAGGUGUGUAGGCGCCCUCCGAGCGGAGCGGUGAGCGAGGAAAACGACUUUUUACCGUCAGUUGCUUUGGUACAGAGGAGAGUAGAGCGUUCGUAAGCCUUCUCGUACGCGGAACGACAACAUUUUCU